CUAGCUCCACAUUGUUUAUGGUGCAAGCUGUAAAAGUAACUACUCGUACCGUCGUACGUUUCAUUUCUUGCUAAGACCAACUUCAAUGCUAUUUCUAAAAUUUGGGGACCUUCAUCUCCAAAUUUGGGAUGAUCCCCAUUUUUUCUCCAAUGCUAUCAUCUCCAAAUUUGGGGAUGAUCCCCAUUUUCAUCAGUUUUCUUUAGUUAAAAGUAUACUUAUGAUCAUCUUAAUACAAUUUGUUCAUGUUAAUUUUUGUAUAGUUCGUCAUCAUUUUUAAAUACUAAUUUUUCGAUCAAAUUUUUUCAAAUUUUGAGAUCAAUUUUUUAUGGCAAAAAAUGAUUGACCUAAUUUUUCUUUACACAUAACACUUGAAAAUUAUUGAUCUAAUUAAUCACCUAGUUAACCUCCAAUUAACUCCUAAUAUUUUAAAAAAAAGUCAGGUGGCGGGUUGGCGGUUGUUCCACCCAUCAGCACACCCCUCCCCAUUUUUGGCGGAAUCCUUAUUUCCAUCCCCAAUUUUGGGAAUUCUUUUGCAGAUUUUCUCCAAAUAUGGAGGCUCUCUCCAUUUAUGAGGAUACAUUGGAAAUAAUACUACUUCAUCUACGGAGACUUGCCCCUAUUUACAGGGACUCCAUUGGAGUUAGCCUAAGCCUUCCUUAUCUCCCAACAAGGACUGUAAGUAGUGAUGGCAAUUUCAACCCGCCCCGCGGGUAUUAUCCGACCUGACCCGCGAUGGGGCUGGUAUUACCCGACCCGCAGUAGCGUGAGGCGGGGCAUGGGUAUCUACUUUCGACCCGCCCUGCCCCGUUCUCGACUCAUUUAUCUCAAUUUCUUACAAUAUCUAUACAUAUGUCUCCUAUUUUGACUUUUCUUCAACUAGUUAGAGUCGUUCUUUCAACUUGUUAGGCUCAAUUAUCCAUUCUAUUAUCAAUAUUUUUCAUUCUUAAAGUGUUUUUCCCUGCAUUUUAUUGUAAGUAAAAUGUACUUGUAUUUUUUUUGAACAAUAUGUAAGAGUGGGUCGACCCGCCCCGUACCCGUGCGGGUUUUACCCGCCUCGACCCAUAAUAGCGUGGGGCCGGGCAUGGGAAUUGAGGUACCCGCCCCACCCCGCUUCAUUGCCAUCACUAGCUGUAAGUAGUGUAAAGACGAAAUAGAUUCAUUGAGAACAUUGGGCCUAUUGAACCCAACUCGAAAGUCCAAUAAUACUUACACCUUCUUUUUUAAAUACAGUGGGCCAUGAAUCCAGCGAAGUCCUGAGUCCUCUCAUCAAGUCACAUUAAUUGCAAAAGCAGGCAAUAGAGUUUGGGGCCAUAAACGGGAAGCAUAUGUUGGGUUUUCCUUAUCCAGGCCCGAGGCCCUUCUGUUCUGUUUACUUCUGAUACGGGAAUCGUCGGAUUUGCCUUUCCCCGGCUCCUCAUCCUCCUCCUCCGCCACCCGGCAGCCGGCUUUCAAAAAUCCCCGCGAGCAAAUACCUCAGCUUAUUGAUUCUGGAAUAAAAAGGGCCUUUCUUUCCCUCGUGUGUGCUUUAACUCCCUCUUGCGUGACCGUUGCUGCUGUAUGAUUUUUCUGAGCUGAAUACCCUAAGCUGUAGUAGCAAUCUUUGGCAUUCGCUGGCCCCGUUGAUGAAAUCAACUUGAAGCUAAUUGAUUUCUGGGUAAGUUGUCCUACCCUUCUUUGAUUGAUACUGUUUUUGUAUUUCCGAGGAAAUUGAUCCAUUUCUAUUUGAGUUAGGUGAUGGUUCUGCACAAAACCAUUUCUUGAAUUCAUUCAUGUGUUUGCACUUUGCAGGAUGGCCAUGGAAACGUCUUGUCUGUUCCAUUCUCGCCUGCCUGAAACAUUCAGGAGAAGGAAAGCAACCUGUUUUAACUAUUCUAGGACAGAAAGAGCUGAAUUCCAUCGCCACUCUGAUGAAUUUAGGAGCAUGCUAAGAUGUAUCUGAAAAACUGGUUAUUUAGACAGUAUGCCAAUGGUUAGAUCAGCUUGAUUGUGCUCCAAUUUGAUGAUACUCAAGAAAUGUUGGUUCCUAAACUUGAAACCUUGCUGAGCAAGCAGAUCACUGUUCAGCAGGGGAAACAAAUCCAUGGAUGCAUUAUUAUCAACAGACUUUAUUACCUCGAACCUCUGCUGAUUCGCCAAUUAGUCCCCUCAUCUCGCAGCUACUCCACCGGUCUUGCACAUUACGUUCAGGGUAUUCUCCACCAUUUACAGAAUCCGGAUGCCUUCUCGUGGAGCUGCACAAUUAGGUAUCUCUCUCAGGAAGGUCAAUUUAAGGAUGCUUUCUCUCUCUAUGCUGAAAUGUCGAGAGUUGGACUUUGUCCUAGUACGUUUGCUGUAUCUUCUACCUUGAGGGCUUGUGCUCGUAUUGUGGAUAAGAUUGGUGGUAGGGUAGUUCAUGGUCAAGCUUACAAGUAUGGAUUGUGUACUUGUGUCUAUGUCCAAACUUCCCUAGUGGAUUUGUAUUCCAAACUGGGCGAUAUGGGCACUGCACAGAAGGCUUUUGAUGAGAUAGUCGAUAAAAAUGUGGUGUCAUGGAAUUCAAUUUUAUCAGGGUAUUUGAAGUCUGGGAAUUUAGCAGAAGCAAAGAGAAUGUUUAACUCAAUGCCAGCCAAAGAUGUUGUGUCGUGGAAUUCGAUGUUAUCCGGAUAUGCUAGGGUGGGGAAUAUGGACCAAGCCUCCAUUAUGUUUAAACAAAUGCCUGAGAGAAACUUUGCUUCAUGGAAUGCAAUGAUCAGUGGAUUUGUCGAUUGUGGUAGGAUCAAAUCUGCGAGAGGCUACUUUGAUAAAAUGCCUCAAAAGAACAAUAUCUCAUGGAUGGCAAUGAUCUCCGGGUACUCUAAAUGUGGAGAUGUCGAGUCUGCCAAUGUGCUUUUCAGUAAGCUUCCCAAGAAAGAUCUUUUAUCAUUCAAUGCCAUGAUUUCAUGCCUUGUUAAGAACAGCAAACCUAAGGAAGCCCUUCAGUUGUUUGACCAAAUGCUUAAACAUCACGUGGAUAUCCAGCCAGAUAAGUUGACUUUGGUAAGUGUUAUCUCUGCUUGCUCCCAGUUAGGUGACCUGAGAUUCGGAUCAUGGAUUGAAUCAUACAUGAAAAGUAUCAAAGUUGAAAGAGAUGAUCAUUUGUGUACUGCAUUAAUUGAUCUAUAUGGCAAGUGUGGCAACGUUCAGAAAGCAAGUGAACUGUUCAAUAGCCUUGAGAAGAAAGAUGUGGUCGCUUACAGUGCAAUGAUAUUAGGGUUUGGAAUAAACAGCAAGAUUGAUGAAGCCACUAAGUUGUUCAAAUCAUUGAUAGAUGCUCGUAUCCCCCCAAACUUGGCCACAUUCACGGGACUCUUGACUUCUUAUUGUCAUGCUGGUUUGGUUGAAGAAGGCUACAAAUGCUUUGCCAUGAUGAAGGACCACAAACUCACGCCUUCGACCGAUCAUUAUGCAACCAUGGUAGAUCUUUUGGCCAGAGCAGGAAGACUGCAGGAGGCAUAUGAGAUGAUUACAAGCAUGCCAAUGCAGCCUCAUGCCGGUGUGUGGGGAGCUUUGCUUCUUGCUUGCAAGGUGCAUAACAAUGCACAAUUGGGAGAGAUAGCUGCUAAACAUUGCCUUGAGUUGGAGCCUGAGACAACUGCGUAUUACUCUCUUCUCGCUGACAUAUAUGCCUCAGUUGGGAAGUGGGGUGAAGCUAGAAAUCUGAGAAAAGUCAUCAAAGAGAAGAAGUUGAGGAAUUUGCCUGGGAGCAGUUGGAUGGAAUAAACCACAUAAAAUGUGCUACUUUUGUAACUGAUUAUGUGUGCAUUUCGAUUUGAUGGAUAGUACAGAAAAUAUAGGAUGAAGGUUUCCUGGACGACUUGAAAUAGAAUCGAUUCUCUGACAAGGUAUGUUGUCUUCCAGACUUCCACUUCUCAAGGCUAGCUUGAAGAGGGAUCAGAAGACUUGUACUGUGGUGACAUCCAAUGUAUCAAUGUAUCCCCAAGACAAAUGGAUUUGAAUUCCAAAAUUCUGUGUGUUUCCCUCUUCUUAUUUGUGGACUAGAAUGAAUACCGGCGGCUAUGCCUCGAGAUCUAAAUUUGCAGCAGCAUGUUCAUAUUGUCAAGAUCCCAAUAACUCGAGUUCAGUGUAUAGUUGAUGCCAAACUGGGUUCGUUAUAUUAUUGUCAAGUGGUCUGAGUUUUAGAAUAUUGGAAGUUUGGUUGGCGCCCUACAACAAGUAAUUAUUAUGAUUAAAUAGAAGUUCAGUGUAUAGUAGAAACAUAGGUUUCUAUCAUUGAUGAAAAAAAUGCCUAUCUACUUGGGGUUGCUGAAUUUCUUUCCGACUGCAGUCUCUUGUUUCUGUAGGAUAGUAACGCUAACAUGUAUGGGGUUUUGGGAGAAACACAUUUCAAGUGCUACAUUGAAGUAUCAUUAUCCUGGGAGAAGUAUGAGGAUUGUGAUAUAUUGGAGACUGGGACACAUGGUGAAGCUAAUGUUGCAGACAGCUUAGUUCAAGCCUCCAUCUACUUGCUCAAUAGUUUUUGCAUCCCGUCUGUUCGUUCUUGUAAUCUUGUCUACUAAUUAGCCGCUUCAGCUGCCACUUGUUUCAGUCAUGUCAGCUGAACUUUUGUGAUAUAAUGAUGCAGCCAUGCUCAAAGCAUCAAAGAUUCUUAGCAGAGAGAUAUUGUAUAUAUAUAUAUAUAUAUAUUUUUUUUUUGUGGAAAGAGAUAUUGUAUAUCUGUAUAUUCUAUAACAAUAUCUCUCUAUAAUUAUUUAUGCAGAGAGAUAUUUAGUCCUUGGCGGGAUCGGUUCAAUCCGAGGAAAUUAUUCCUUUAUGCUUUCUCGUUCUGAUAUUUGAAUUCUUUAUCAUCUUUAAUCGUUGGGACUUGGGAGUAUGACUUUUCUUGAAGUAAGGUAUGAGCUAGGGGUAAAACUAGGCCAAACCCAGCCCUGGCCGUGUCACUACCCAAAAAACCCCAGCCCUGUAUGCUCAAAUAUUCAGCCUGACCCGGCCUGACCCUAUUCUCAUUUGGCCCUAUUGGGUCGGGCUGGGUUGGGUCGGUCGGGCAAUAGGGUCGGCCCAACUUCUUUUUAUACAAUUUUAGCCCACUUAAUUAUUUAAUAUCAAAUUAAAUUUCAAAAAAUUGCAAGUAUAUACUAGAAAAUUUAAAUGAGUUCAUAACAAAAAAUAAUUUAGAUAAAAAAUAUUUAAAACUAAUUCACAAAAUAAAAUUUUAAUUACAAACAUUCCAACUAAUUCCAGAAAAUUUAAGUUAGUCCAAAUUCCUUUACCAAAAAUCCUAAUUAAUUCGAAAAACUUAAAAUUAAUUUCAGAAACUUAAAAUUACAUCUAAAAAGUCUAAAUCACCUUACGAUAAAUCCAAAUUAAAUAAAAAAUACAAAUUACA